CGACAUGACAUGAACACCCUAAGCCUGCCCCUGAACAUUCGCCGAGGGGGGUCCGACACCAACCUCAACUUUGACGUACCGGAUGGCAUCCUGGACUUCCACAAGGUCAAACUCAGUGCGGACAGCCUGAAACAAAAAAUUCUGAAGGUGACAGAGCAGAUCAAAAUCGAGCAGACGUCCCGCGACGGCAAUGUUGCAGAGUAUCUGAAACUAGUCAACAGCGCAGACAAGCAGCAGGCGGGCCGCAUCAAGCAAGUCUUUGAGAAGAAGAAUCAGAAGUCCGCUCACUCCAUUGCCCAGCUUCAGAAGAAGUUAGAACAGUAUCAUAGAAAGCUCAGGGAGAUCGAGCAGAAUGGAGCCUCCAGAAGCGCAAAGGACAUUGCCAAAGACAACCUGAAGGACGUGCCGCACUCCCUGAAAGAUGCCCACGCGAAGUCUCGAACUGCUCCCCACGGCACGGAGUGUGGUAAAUCGGGCAUGCCGGGCGUGUCCCUCACCCCGCCCGUGUUCGUCUUCAAUAAGUCCAGGGAGUUUGCCAACCUGAUCCGGAAUAAGUUUGGCAGCGCCGAUAACAUCGCUCACUUAAAAAAUUCCCUGGAGGAAUUUAGGCCUGAAGGGAGUCCGCGGGCCUAUGGGGGCAGCGCCACCAUUGUGAACAAACCCAAGUACGGCAGCGAUGACGAGUGUUCGAGUGGCACGUCGGGCUCCGCCGACAGUAACGGAAACCAGUCCUUCGGGGCCAGCGGAGCUGGCACGCUGGACAGCCAGGGCAAGCUCACCAUGAUCCUGGAGGAGCUGAGGGAGAUCAAGGACACCCAGGCACAGCUGGCCGAGGACAUCGAGGCGCUGAAGGUGCAGUUUAAGAGAGAAUACGGUUUUAUUUCUCAGACGCUGCAAGAGGAAAGAUACAGGUACGAGCGACUGGAAGACCAGCUGCACGACCUGACGGAUCUGCAUCAGCACGAGACAGCCAACCUGAAGCAGGAGCUGGCCAGCAUCGAGGAGAAGGUGGCCUACCAGGCCUAUGAGCGCUCACGGGACAUCCAGGAAGCCUUGGAAUCCUGCCAGACUCGCAUUUCUAAGCUGGAGCUCCACCAGCAAGAGCAGCAAGUCCUGCAGACAGACACCGUGAAUGCCAAAGUGCUCCUGGGGAGGUGCAUAAACGUGAUCCUGGCCUUCAUGACUGUCAUCCUAGUGUGUGUGUCUACCAUUGCCAAGUUUGUCUCGCCCAUGAUGAAGAGCCGCUUCCACAUUCUCGGCACUUUCUUCGCCGUGACUCUUCUUGCGAUAUUUUGUAAAAACUGGGACCAUAUUCUGUGUGCCAUAGAAAGGAUCAUAAUACCCAGAUGA